UUAUCUUACCCUGUAUGUAUACCAACUCACAAAAGUUAAAAAAAAAAAAUAGAGGGAAAAUUAAGCUAUCAAGUCUUGAAGCAAUGGGCAUCCUCAAGACUCUACUCUUGGUCAUUCUUCCUCUAGUGUUUAUCUCCUAUAUUGUUCAAUCUGAUCAAAUGGUCAUCGAAGAAGUGGUGGAUGCUUCCCUCCCACAACAAAUGGAUUGCGAUGGAGCUUGCGCUGCGAGGUGCCAAUUGUCAUCGAGGCCACACCUGUGCAAAAGAGCAUGUGGUACGUGUUGUGCCCGUUGCAACUGCGUUCCUCCGGGAACUUCCGGUAACUAUGAUGCAUGUCCCUGCUACGCCAACAUGACAACCCACGGUGGCAGACAUAAGUGUCCCUAAUUCACAGCUUUUGCUCCUCUAUGUUAUCAAUCAAGAAGAAGAAAAUAAAAUCAUGGAAAUAAAUGUUAAAAUUUUCUAUUGUUCAAACUACUGAUCAUGUGGGUGUAAGUUAUUAUAUAUUGAUAUUUCUUGUGUUUUCCUUUUUA